AUGCUUGCAGGGGGUUCAAGCACAAGGAAUAGCCCCCAGACAUUGGCACCCUGGCUCCUUAUGUACUACUUCGUUCAGCAUGAGGGCAUCGUCUUCGCUACCCAUGCCCAGCCAAGCUUGAAGACGGGCAGUAGCACCGCCAUCCCCAGACUUCUUCCCCACAAAUCCAGGCAAUCCUUGGAAAGGAUCACCGGUCAGAAUCCACCAGGUGACAUUCCUCGUAAAGCGCGAGGGUCAUGGGUGUUGGCGGUUAGCAGCAGUAGCAGCAGCCGUAAACUUCUUCUCGGCGGUUUCCCCCGCAUCCAUUUGAUCCUAGUUGAGCGAGUGAGAAUAGUUAGCGAUGACAGUUUAUUGGCUUUGGCUUGCCCUGGUAGUGAAAGAAGGUUAAGAUGGCUUGCCAAUUUCCCUAAUUUCCCCUCCAUCCUUAUAUCCCUCUUGCUGGCCUUACUCCGCAGUCGGGGAAAUUAG